UAUUACUGAGAACGUUGAGAUACGCGCAAAAACAUGCAAAGGUUUAGUGCAUUUUUAAUUAAAAUGUUAUUAAUUUACCAAAUCUGCUGGCAAGCAAGUGGGAAAUAUGAACAAACGGCUGAUCUUACAAUAGAUGCCUGUGAGGAUUUCUAUGAAUAUGCCUGCAGCAACUACACCCAGCAGAAUACAGAUCCCAACUACAGUGAAAUUACUCAAAAAUUGGAUUAUGAAAUGAAUAAGAAGUUGUUAAGUCAUUUUAAUAGUUCAGUAGUUGAAGACGAAUAUAAUGUGUUGAAUCAAACGUUUAAUGAUAAAAUGAAAAUAUAUUUAAAAUCGUGCAACAGUGAAACGCACAGAGAUUUAAGGAAAUACUUUGAGAAAAUUAAGCCGAGUUCUAAUCUAAAUUGGCCGCUGUUAGUGCACAAUGAAACGUGGCUAGAACCAAAUAAAACUUUUGAUUUUUGGUCUUUAUUGGGACAAUUACAAUCGUUUGGAUUAAAUAAUGUCAUAGUACACCAACAAAUCAUAAGGAAAGAGGAUAACUCGCUAAUUAUCUGGCUGGCACCAGCCUUAAUAGAUGAAGGGAGUGCUUUGCCCAAGAAUAUUAUUUUGCAAGUGUUAUUAAAUGCCUUAGGUGCUGAGAAUGUUGAGUUAAUUAUAGAACAAUUGAAUGCUACCGAGUUUAGUUGGCGAGAGAUGAUGGAGAAUUAUGUUGAUUCCAAUCAGGUUAAAAAUAUAACUAUCCAUGAUUUAGCUGGACUCUAUCCUCGUCUUAAUUUAACAAUAUAUCUGGAAGAGUUAUUGGAUGGUGAGCUAAAUAAUAUUUCACAUAUAACUUUGGAAAAUCCAGAAUAUUUUGAGUUUCUAAAUCAAAAGUUGUGGUCUGCUAAGGAGCUGGAACAUUUAAGCAAUUAUUUAAUGAUGAAAUUUUUGUUUUAUUUGGCGGUGGAUAGUACGGCUGAAUUUGCACCGCUCGAAUGUGUUAAGGAUUUAAGAAAUAAAUUUGAUUUGGCGGUAAAUUUUUACUAUUAUCAUAAUUUUUUCAAACAUGAGGAAAAGAAAUACCGCAAAGCUUUAUCUAAUAUGCACACAAAAAUUAAUGCCACCAUGAAUAAAUAUUUCCAAGAAAAUAAUUUAGAUCUGACUGUCGAACAGAUAAUUCAGUUACAAAAUAAACUAGAGAAUAUUAAAAUAAAUAUAGGAAAUUUACCUAAAAAUUUUGAUAAUAACACAAUACAACAGUUUUACCAGGAAAUACCAAAUUUGGAUAGACGAAAUUAUUACAAAAAUCAUUUGCUGUUAUUGAAACAUCGAUUUCGGAAAUCACUGUCUUUUGAAAAAAAUCAAAGCCACUACAUAGUGAGCGAUAAUCGUAUGGGUGCACAAUCCUCGCCUUUCUAUGUGGCUCAACAAAAUAUGGUGGUCAUACCGUUUGGAAGCUUUCAAUUGCCUUUAUUCCAUUACACCCAGAAUAUCCUUGAACAAUUGUCACAUUUUGGGUUCGUUUUGGCCCACGAACUGACACAUGCUUUUGAUACUACUGGCUUAAAUUAUGACCAGCAGGGAUUUAAUCUUGCCAGCCCUGCAGACAUAAUGGAUCAUGCAAAUUUCACAAAUUCAAUAAACUGCAUGCAGCAACAGGAGCCUACGGAGGCAAUAGAUGAACGUAUUGCCGAUCUCUUUGCCGUGCGUGUGGUUUAUCGUGCUUAUUUGGAUUAUUAUAAUAAGGGGAAAAAAGAUUUGCGCAAACGUUUCUUUUUGAAUUUGGCUCAGUUUUUUUGUGGCAAAAAUAAUUUAAAAUUUAUUGACCACGAUUCAGAUGCCAUGCGAUUACAGCUGAUUGUAAAGAAUUUUCGUGAAUUCUCAGAGGUUUUUGGAUGUCCAAAAAGGAGCCCCAUGCAUCCUAAAGUAAAGUGUCGUCUUUAUUAAGAGAUCUAAAUUAUAAAUUCGAAAAAGAGAUGCUGUAUUUAUAUAAACAAUUACUUUAGCUGAAGAAAAUAAAUAAAAGAAUUAAAAAAAAUAA